AUGGCUCUUGGUACUCUGGUUAUCAUUGCCACCAUGCUGGUGUAUUUUCUCUUGAGAAAUAAAAGAGUGCUAUUGUCCCACGAGCAAUGGGGGCGACGAGGCAGGCUGCCCCCGGGGCCUGCGGCGCUGCCCAUCAUCGGUAACAUGCAUCAGGUGAUUCUGAACAAGCCGGCGGUAUUCCGAUGGAUCCAUGGCCUGCUCAAGGAGAUGAACACAGACAUCAUGGAUCUCCGUCUCGGAGCUACUCAUGUCAUUGUUGUGACAUGUCCACAGAUGGCCUCUGAGGUACUACGAAAAAAUGAUGUAGUUUUUGCCUCCCGUCCCACCACCUUCGCCUCGGGCAUAUUCAGCUUCGGGUACAAGGGCUCCAUCUUCUCACCACACGGAGACCAGUGGAAGAAGAUGAGGCGUGUCCUCACUGUUGACAUCCUUGCCUCGACCAUGGAGCGAAAGCUCCACCACCUCCGGAAAGAGGAGUACGACCACCUAGUGAGAUACUUCAGUGACCUACCAGCUUCAUCCACUAGUGGGCCUGGACAUGAUGAGGUGGCACAUGUUGCCGCUCCCUUCAUAGCCCUCAACCAUCUCUACAGCUUUUGUGUGUCCGAUUACUUCCCAGCCCUCAUAGGCCUCGACCUGGAUGGCCAUGAAAAGGUUUCCAAGGAUGCCUUGCAAACACUCAACCGGUUGCAUGAUCCCAUUAUAGAGGAGCGGAUCCGCGAAAGGUCAUCCACUCUUGAGAAAUGUGGUGACAAGAAAGAGGCGAGAGACUUUUUGGACAUCCUUGUUCAUCUUAAAGAUGCUGAGGGACAACCAUUGCUGUCCCUACAAGAAAUUAGAGCACAAACAGCGGAAAUGAUGUUUGCAGCAGUCGAUAACCCAUCUAAUGCGGUUGAGUGGGCACUUGCUGAGAUGAUGAACGUGCCAGAGAUCAUGCAAAAAGCAACUGAGGAACUCGACACCGUUGUCGGUAAAGAUAGACUAGUCCAAGAGUCUGACAUUCCUCGGCUAAACUAUCUCAAAUCGUGCAUCCGAGAGGCCUUCCGCAUACACCCAUACCAUGCUCUUAAUGUACCCCAUGUCGCCAUGGCGGACACAACUAUUGCUGGCUACACCAUCCCCAAGGAUAGCCACAUACUUUUAAGCCGGCUUGGACUUGGCCGCAAUCCCAAGAUCUGGACUGAACCACUGCAGUUUCAGCCUGAGAGGCAUUUGAACACUGCGAAUGUACUUCUCACUGAUCCAGGCCUACGUUUCAUUUCAUUUAGCAGUGGGAGGAGGGGUUGUCCUGGGAUUUCACUUGGUACCUCUAUGACAAUGAUGUUGUUCGCAAGGAUGUUGCAGGGAUUCACUUGGACAAAGCUUCCCGGUGUGAAGAGUAUCAGUCUUCAAGAAGGGAAUGCGGGCCUUGCACUAGCUAAACCCCUUGUUCUGCAAGCUACACCACGUUUGGCUGCACAUCUCUAUAUAUGAUCCAAUUAAAAAGAUUCAAUACGUGUUUUCUCAUUUAUGUAUCAAUAAAAUGUAUCUGGACUAGUGUGUGUUACAUGUUUCUAGCGCUGCGUUCGGUUCCCUUGUAAUGUUAUGACACUGCAUGUGUGUACAAACAAAGAGGCAAUCGAUGAUUGUAUAACUAAUGUAAUGUGUGUACUUAUCAUUAUGUAA